UGACUGACCGACAAGCAAGCAGGCAAGCAAGCAAUCCGUCACUCAGGCGGCUACCGGCAGUCAUUGGGUCGUCUGGACUGAUUCUUAUUUGAUUUCGAUCCACCUCGCUAUCCUGUGCCCUCUUGCCGACCCGUCCGUCAGCCCAGACCGACAAGCGGUUCAUUGAUUGCACGACGCCCUCACUGUGCUCAUCUUUGCGUUCUCUCUUCAUUUGGCUGGUAUUUUUUUUUCUUUCGCCGGGUCGCUGGGAACAACAGAUUAAGCGCCGUGCUUUUGCUGUUUCAGCGGGCGGGCCCAGCACAUCAGUAACCACUUCGCGAGACCCCAUGCUUGCCUUGCGACCAUUGGCACACUCCCGCCACUCCUGAACAUUCGACGCCUCUGAAGCCAACAGCGUCCGGGCCUUUCUUCCUCUCGAUCGUGUACGAAGACACAAUUGCUACCCUGCAGCUGCGAGGCCAUACUCUUUCCAACCUUGCGGACGCACUGUCGCCUUGUAGCAGGCAGUACGUCGCCUCGCCCGUCGCUCAAGCUCUCCGACCUCACCCCAGCGAUACCCGCACCCAGACACGCACGCUUGGUCCCUCGGCGGGCACCCACGAACCUCAGACUCGCACAGCUGCACUCUGACCUCCACAAGCACGAGGUCACCGAUCUUCAACCUCCCCGACCACGUACAUACACACGCUCGCACCCACCGGGCUCACAAUCACAGCUACAACGAAAGGCAGACGGAGAAAAACAGGCUGGGACCGGACACAGUUCACGUCGUCUGCACCGCGGCUAGGUGCAGCAGUCCAGUCCCACCCGUCCACCACAAACCAUAGAUCAGUAGCCUCACGUCGACAUACUCAACCUUCAGUCCGUUCUCCCGCCGCCAAGCAAGAAACUCCAAAUCUGUCCCUUAUCCGCGUACGGAAGUACGCCUCUAAGUCCGAGAGGCUACACUUUUGCUCUUGAUCUGGUGAGAAGUCGAUCAUAGCGCCGGUCCUCGAUUUUCUGGGCUCAGGAGGAAUAUUGCCUCAGUCCGUCGCGCUGCUGUCUUGUCAAAAUCCACCCCUCUCCACUUCACCCUCGCCGCUGCCGCCUCUACUGGCCAUCACCACCUGUCUUUCGCCGUUGCUUUCCGCCUCAUACCUUUCUCUCGACGUCCACGCGUCCGAAGACAUGUCAAGCCCCGCUCCUCUACUUCGGCCGCCUAUUCCAGGAUCGCGUAGCAACAGUGCGACCGGUCCUCGAAAACCAGCACUAGGCUUGGCAAUACCGCCCAGUCCAAGCGCCCGGCCUGUCGUGAACGGCACAUCGGAGGGACAAGAUGUCCCCGCGCUGGGAAGACCGAUGCCUCCGGCAUUGCGGUUGAAUACCCCCAUGGGCUCUACCGGUGCCGCACAGAUGCAGUCCAAGAAGCUGCCGCCCCUUCAGAUUGCUACAUCGGCCAGUGGCUCGAGUACGGAAGCAGCCAGUGUGGACUCCAGAUCUGGCAGCUUGGGCGAGCAAGCGAACGGUGCAUCGUCUUCUUCGCUGUUCAUCAAUCCUAUCUCGGCGGUGAGCUCGUCCACGGGCGGAGCAAGUCCUGGAGACACGGCCAUGGAGCGCGAGAACAGCGUGGGACCACUGCCUGAUCUGGCUCAGCUGAAGAUUGAUCUUGGCAGAGACAUCGACGUCGAGGACCUCGACGACGCUGGCUGGAAAGCCGCGAGUCGGGAAGGCAGGAUCAUUGAGCUGGGUAGUUUGGGUGAAGGUGCUGGUGGUGCUGUCACGCGAUGCGUGUUGAAGGGCGGCAAGACGGUGUUCGCCUUGAAAGUAAUUACAACCAACCCAGAUCCCGAUGUCAAGAAGCAGAUUGUUCGCGAACUGUCGUUCAACAAGAAUUGCGCUUCCGAACACAUCUGCCGAUACUACGGUGCUUUCGCCGACGACUCCUCAGGAACAAUAGGCAUUGCCAUGGAGUUUUGCGAGGGCGGCUCACUCGACAGCGUGUACAAGGAGGUGCAAAAGCUCGGCGGGAGAACGGGCGAAAAAGUGCUGGGCAAGGUGGCGGAGGGCGUGCUCAACGGUCUCACCUACUUGCACAAGCACCGCAUCAUCCACCGCGACAUCAAACCCUCCAACAUCCUGCUGUGCAGGGACGGUCAGGUCAAACUCUGCGACUUCGGCGUCAGCGGCGAGUUCGGCACAAAAGGUGACGCAAACACGUUCAUCGGCACGAGCUACUACAUGGCGCCAGAGCGCAUCACGGGCCAGAGCUAUACCAUCACGAGUGACGUGUGGAGCCUAGGCGUGACGUUGUUAGAGGUCGCGCAGCACAGGUUUCCCUUCCCCGCUGAUGGCACGGAGAUGCAGCCACGUGCUGGACUUAUCGAUCUUCUUACCUAUAUUGUGCGACAGCCGAUCCCAAAGCUGAAAGAUGAGCCGGAGAACGGCGUCAAGUGGGGCGACAACUUCAAGUACUUCAUCGAAUGCUGUCUCGAAAAAGACCCUGCGCGACGAGCUACGCCAUGGCGGAUGCUCGAGCACCCGUGGAUGAUGGAAAUACGGACGAAGAGAGUCAACAUGUCGCAUUUCCUGAAGCAGGUGUGGGACUGGAAGGAUUAGACAUCAGCAUCCCUACUCUCAACGAUCUGCGAAAGAUAAUCCGACUAGAGCUGUGGCUUUACUUAUGAAAGACAUGCCAUCCUGGAGACGGCAAAGGUGACUGCGAAGAAAAGAAAACUUUGCACAGGUGAAGAAGAAACCACGCGCUCAAGACACGGCGCGAUAAAGCAUGAAUUGGAAAGGAACAGGCGCUCAUGAAAGACAUGUGUGCUAAACAGCACAUAACUACAUGGAACGAACCCUUCCAGUUAGGACAUCGGCGAGACAUAAGAGAUGAGUUCUGGAUUUAACGGACUUGAUCAGUGAGGACUUGUGGGUUUGGUAAAGUUAUGGACGGAUCACACAAGGCAGGCAUAUCAGCACAAUAGCAUCAUUGAAAGGCGCCAAAUGUAAAGACAUCUUUUUCGUUUCUGUCUUUCUAUAAUGCUUGCGUGUGUGCAUAAGAUGUAAAGAUAAAUUUACUCGUUGGCAAUGUCGUACUGUAUGGAAACUCCGGACCGAAGCGUUUUAGGUCGUGCAAUCAUGCCGUAACAGAGUCGCAGCGUGAUUCACCUUUCAUCUCCCAGAC